GAGCAAGUUCAGGUGAAGGAGUCCACGGAAGUGCAGGCUAGCAGCCAUAUGGAGAAGGAGGGUCUUGUGCGAGGACUGAAGUUUAUGGAGGACAACCAUGUCCAUGUGGCCUCUCUCACGACUGACCGGCACCCGGCCACAAAAAAGUACAUGCGCACCGCCAAGCCAGGCAUCAAACACUAUUUCGACGUGUGGCAUGUGUCGAAAGGCAUAAAGAAGAAGCUCUCAGCCUCCAGCAACACUGUAGCCACAAGGGACCUCAAACAGUGGAUACCAGCCACCGUCAACCAUAUAUAUUGGUGCGCUGCUGUGAGUGGUGGUGACGGUGACUUGCUGGCUGCCAUGUGGAAGAGCUCCGUAAAUCACGUGGCUAACAUCCAUGAGGGUCACGACCCCAGCUACCCACGUUGUCUGCACAAGCCCAACCAGGAGUCAGCCUGGCUUCAGCCUGGUACUGUACACAUUAUAAGACUUGUCAUUCGUGGUUCCCUGUCAAUAGCAAUAUUUCCAUUCUUUUUUUUUCUCGGAGGGGGAGGAAUUGGCAUAUGA